UAAAAGGAAACAUUAAGGAUUAUUCUCAAAACACAAAUCAUAAUUAUAAUCAUAUACAAUAAGUCAAAGAAAACAACCGAUGAAUAUGACGGGCAAAGCGGCAUUGAUACUAACUGUCCUCAUACUUGCUGGUAUGACAGUUGCAGAAGCAACCCUGUCAACACCCAAACACAAGCCUAUGAAAGUGAGGUGUAAACAGCAUUCACCAUGUUUUAACAAACAAAUGUAUUGUCCAUCUUCGUGUCCUCGUUCUUGUUCAGUUGAUUGCGACAAAUGUCAGACUGUUUGUGCACCCGGAUCAAUGAUCCCCCCACCAAAUCCGAAGAUCCAAAAGCCUAAGAAAGUGCAAUGCAAGGAUAAGAGAUUCCGCGCUUGCUAUAACAAGCCGCUUUUCUGUCCUGCCGCUUGUCCACUUACUUGUACUGUUAAUUGUGCAACAUGUAAGCCUGUCUGUGGUGUGGUGAACCCACCAGUUUCGUCGACUCCUAAGCGUGUUAGAUGUAUGGAUAAGAAUUAUCCGGCGUGUUAUUACAGGGAGUUUACUUGCCCUGCAGCCUGUCCUCAGACUUGUCAGGUUGACAGUGUCACUUGUAGUCCUGUUUGCAAUUGCAACAAACCGGGAGCAGUGUGCCAGGAUCCAAGAUUCAUAGGAGCAGAUGGCAUAACAUUCUACUUCCACGGAAAAAAAGACCAAGAUUUCUGUCUUGUUACAGACUCCAAUCUCCACAUAAACGCUCAUUUGAUAGGAAAACAUGAAUCCAACAUGGGAAGAGACUUCACUUGGGUUCAAUCCUUAGGCAUCCUUUUCGACCACCAUAAGCUUUACAUCGGAGCACUCAAGACCUCCACAUGGAACGAUGCCAUGGACCGUCUUUCCAUCUCCCUCGACUACCAACCCAUUAGCAUACCAGAAAUCGAGGGUGCCAGAUGGAAUGCAACGAUUAGUGGACUAACCAUUACAAGAUCAAGGGCUACGAAUGCAGUGGUGGUUGAGGCAGAAGGUAAGUUCAAGAUCAAGGCCGCGGUGGUUCCAAUAACAGAGAAAGAAUCGAUGAUACACAAUUACGGUAUUAUCCCUGAACAGGAUUGCUUUGCACAUCUUGAUUUGAGCUUCAAGUUUUACUCAUUGAGUGAUGAUGUGAAUGGUGUUUUAGGCCAAACUUAUGCAAGUAAUUAUGUGAGCCGGGUCAAAAUGGGUGUAGUGAAUCCUGUUCUUGGUGGGGAAAGGGAAUUCCAUUCCUCUGGAUUGUUUGCUACUGAUUGUGCAGUUGCUAACUUCAAUGGGAAUGGGAAUGGAAAUCAUUCAAUCGGAAUGGAUUUUGGUGAUCUAAACUGUGCUUCUGGUACUAGUAGCAGGGGAAUUGUUUGCAAGCGUUGAUUAAUUCCUCAUGGAGAACUGCUGUAUUAUUUGUUUAUUUAUUAUUUUCAAUAUUUUGUUGUCAAAUUGUGAUCUGUGUGUGAGAUUGUUUACUGGAUUAUUUGAAGGGAUUGUACAAUUGGAUUUCAUUUUGCUUUCAAAAAAAGAUUUCAUACUCAUAUAAAUUGUAAAAUUAAAAAAAUUCUAUAUGAAAAAAUUCUAAGAACUUGUUUUUUUUUUUUUAUUUACAUUAUAUAGAUUAUUUCCAAUUGUCUACUUUAU